GGGCGCGCGGCGGAGGCGGGAAGCGGCGGCGGGGCGGUCGGCGCGCGCGCGCGCGGAGGAGGCGGCGGUGGCGGCUGCUGCUGGUGCUGCGGGCUCGGUCGCCCUGAGCUAGGCAACAAUGGCAGGUGAAGAUUGUGUAAGAAAACGCCAGUCUGGCUCCGCUACCACCUGCAAGACUCCUGAGAACGAAGAAACUCAGAGGAGACCUGAGAGUGAGAGGUCGUUUCAAAACUCAAGCAAUGGCCGAGUUGAUGUCGACCAUGUGAUAACAAGGAAAAUGCAGCUAAUAGCAGAAGCUGAGCAAUUGAAGCCAGUUUUCAUGAAGGAAGUGGACAGUCACUUCACAGAGUUUGUGAACAGUUUGGUGGCAAAAUCAGCACUCCUGGAUUCCUCAUCUUCAGCCUCCCUCUUCCCAGCUUCCGGCUCAGAGAAGGAACUGCACAAAGCCAAGACCUUGAGGGCCCCUCCAGAACAUGGGAAGAUUUUUACUGCCAGGAGAUCCCUCUUGGAUGAGCUGUUUGAAGUGAGUCACAUCAGGACAAUCUACCACAUGUUCAUCGCUCUUCUCAUUGUCUUCAUCCUCAGCACACUUUUAGUAGACUUCAUUGAUGAAGGAAGGCUGGUCCUAGGAUUUGAUCUCUUGGUCUUUGUUUUUGGGAAGUUCCCAGUCGUCUUCUGUACCUGGCUGUGCAUGUUCUGUGCCACGGUUUCUGUUCCAUACAACCUUUUCGUCUGGUGGGCCCAAGGCUACUGCAGUUCCUCCCAUCGUGUAAUCCGCUCUGUUUUCUAUGGGAUGUUGUUCACGCUCUUCCAAACAGCUGGGCUUGGAUUUGGACCAACCUAUAUUGCUGUAUCAUAUGCCCUGCCUCCAGCUUCCCGUUUUAUUGUAAUACUGGAACAGGUUCGCCUUGUUAUGAAGGCUCAUUCAUUUGUCCGGGAGAAUGUGCCCAGAGUCCUGUCCUCUGUAAAGGACAAGUCCAACACAGUACCUAUUCCCAGAAUUUCUCAGUACCUCUACUUCCUCUUUGCUCCCACCCUCAUCUACAGAGACAACUAUCCCAGGAAUCCCACGAUAAGAUGGGGCUAUGUAGCUACCAAAUUUGCACAGGUGCUUGGUUCACUUUUCUAUGCCUACUACAUCUUUGUGAGACUCUGCAUUCCUCAGUUUCGCAACAGUAGUCAAGAAACCUUCAAUCUUCGAGGGCUGGUCCUCUGCAUCUUCAACUCCAUUCUGCCAGGUGUACUGAUUCUCUUCCUGGUUUUCUUUGCGUUCCUUCACUGUUGGCUUAAUGCAUUUGCUGAGAUGCUGCGCUUUGCAGAUAGGAUGUUCUACAAGGAUUGGUGGAACUCCACUUCCUAUGCAAACUACUACCGAACAUGGAAUGUGGUAGUACAUGACUGGCUCUAUUACUAUGCCUACAGGGACUUCCUUUGGUUUUUUGGUAAGAAGUUCAAAGCAGCAGCUAUGCUAUCUGUCUUCACAGUAUCAGCUGCUGUGCACGAAUACGUUCUGAGCAUCUGCUUUGGCUACUUCUAUCCAGUCCUCUUUUGCCUGUUUAUGUGCUUUGGAAUGGUCUUCAACUUCAUCCUUAAUGACCGUCGGAAAGGGCCCAUCUGGAACGUGAUCAUGUGGACGUCCCUCUUCCUGGGCCAAGGUGUCAUCAUUUGCCUCUACAGCCAGGAGUGGUAUGCCCGCCAGUACUGCCCUAUGGAAAAUCCCACGUUCCUGGAGUACUUAAAACCACGCUCAUGGUCAUGUCAUACGAAGAUGUAAAAAUGGUAUAUUCUGGCCGUGUCAUCACAGAAAAUCAGAGUUGUCCUCCAAGUAUUUGGACCAAUGACCUAACUCGCUAUGGACUUUUUCCAAGGAAAGUUGUGCCUCCUGAUUAUUGGGGAGAAACUGUAAUUUUUUUAAACAUUACUGGGGCAAACCAGUUGACCUGGAUUGCAACAGGCUUCACAGGCAGCAUCCACUACAUGCUGUCCUACUUUGAGCCAUUUCCAUGCCAGUAAAACAUUGAGCUGAAGGUGGAGUCUACUGGAAUCCUACUCAUCCAGGGGUCCCCCCAUGUUGCUGCUCUUCUGGACAAUAGUCUAGUCAGAUUUUUGCUAGUAGCUCAUUGUUGGCAUCCGUCCAUCUUCCUUAGCCAACUACUUUUUGCAUUUUUUUUUCUCCCUUUUGGUAUUGGGAUGUCUACAAAACUUCUAUUCUUUGUGAUCCUGUCUGCUGCUAUGAUGCAGACAAGUGGCAGAGCAACAGAAUAUUUGCCUCCUUGCUCUGAAAAUAGCCAAAGUAUUCCUGGAUGGCUUUGAACUGUUUUCUAUGCAUGUUGGCUGCCUACAGAUUUAAAAUGGGCAGAGGAAGAGGGGAUUGACAACUUACUUGUGGCUGCACUGGAGAAUCAGGUUCAGAAGCAGGGCACAGUGUGUGCAGCCUUUGUAUGACUUUUUACACUGAAAAUUUAUGUUUUCUUUGUAUUCAUUAAGUUUCUAACUGACAGCAUUUUUGUUCUCUGAAGACCUUUGUGAGGAAUAGUUUUUCUUCUAGCACUUUCUUUCUCUUGCUCCAGAUAAUCACUUCUUUUAACCCAAUUAACUGUAAAAGAGCUUUUGCUUUAAUUUGGCAGGUGCUUUAAGGUAUACAAGUUAUUAAGGCUUUCUUUAGUGAAAAAGAUUUGAAAUGCUACGACCCAACUGUAAGAAAAUACAAUCGACUUUGCAGGUACAUAGCGUGUUCCCAUCUGAAAUGGCCACGUCCAGGUCAAUGUGCCGGCACGUCCUGGUGCCUCUCGCCAACGUGUUGUAGCAGCUCCUGACACAGUUGGUGGGAAAUGUGGGGUGAGCCAGUUCCUGGAGUCAGAGCUGCUUUUUUCACCUGCCCGUGUCUGCUCUUAGGGCAGUGGGGGCUUCAGGUGGAGAUGAGUUUCCUAGGUAUUGCCCUCUUCUUUCUGAAGAGGUAGGACAUCCUCUCCUACACACGGCUAAAGAGAGAAGCAUUAUGUGGAUUUGGUGGUUCAAUAUCUAUUAAUUGGGCAAAGUCCCCUUCAGUUUCCUUGUUCUGUCAGAUGCUAAGCACAAAAGGGAACUUAGAUAGUGUCUGGGAAUGUGUAUCUCCGGUUUGACAGGAACUGCAGCUCCUAUUAUCGGAGAGGGAGGGUGACCUAGUGGAAGUACCCUAACUUUGGUCACAGGGAUUUCUAAAUUACUCAGAUGUUCUUUGCUGGCACUUUUUAGUGACAGCUUUUCCUUACUCACCUACAGCCUAGGUAUUUGACACCAGCAGUAUUGGGACUAUUGAGGGACUAGUCUCCCAGUCCACUACAGACUAUCUUUUGGGCUUCUGUUUUUACUACCCUGAGACAAAAGUAAUUUUGUGAAAGCUAGGCAAUACUUAAACUCUUCCCGGUUUUCAGUUUUCUGAAAGAAGGAAUCCCGCUCUUCAGAAAGGACAUUGUGUCAGGUCAAAUUUGCCAAAUACAGUGUUGGCGUGUGUGGCUCUCCUCUGGAAAUAUCUCCUACAAUAACUUGGUUGAAACAGGUGGGUUAAUUUCAGAGGAAGGGGAUUCAUGUAUAUACUCAAACUUGGCAGUAUUAGUAUAUAAAACCCUCAGAAUUAAAUGGAUUACUUUAUCCUCA